UUGUGCUGCGUGUGUAUGAUAUGCAUAUACGGAGAUUUGUUGACAUAGUAUUUUGUACGCGCCUAUAUCCACGUGGCGAACGGCUUUACACUCUUGCUCUUGUGCCGGAUUUGUACGUUUGAUAUACUCAGAGUAAACACUAACAUCAGAUAAGCGUUGAUAAACCGAUAAAAAGUCCAAUUGCAGUAACAUUAAAUUGUAGUUUUAUCUCCAGUAUUUGCACUAACUUGCCCGAGUAACAUUCAACGAAAUAUGGUCCUGGAAAGUGAUCAAAGUGGUGGAGGCGAUGCUUCGCAAACAGCUGCUCCCAUCUCUGCCUCUGAUGGAGGACCCGACGACAAGCCUGCUCGCCCCGAAAGCGUCGGCAACUCGUCCGACGACAGCCGUGUUGCUUUGAAAGCCGAGAUCGGUCUUUUCAGCAGCAGUACAAUCAUCGUCGGCUGCAUUGUCGGAUCUGGAAUCUUCCUAUCACCCAGGGGCGUCCUCGACAGUGCUGGAUCUGUUGGGAUGUCCAUGCUUGUCUGGGUGAUAUCUGGUAUAUUUUCUUUGAUCGGUGCGUUGUGUUUCGCCGAAUUGGGCACCACUAUUCCCCGAAGUGGUGGGGAAUAUGCCUACAUCAUGGCCUGCUUUGGAGAGCUUCCAGCUUUUUUGUUGUUGUGGGUGACAUUGAUCAUCAUCAACCCGACUGGACAAACAAUUGUGGCUCUCACCUUUGCCUACUAUGUGAUACAACCUUUCUACCAGAUAGAAGAUUGUCCUCCACCCGAUGGCUUUGUGAGAUUGAUGGCUAUUAUCUGCUUAGCUCUUCUUACAUUUGUGAAUUCCUGGAGCGUUCCUUGGGCUACCAGAGUACAGGAUGUCUUCACCGUGGCUAAAAUCUUGGCACUUAUUGUCAUCAUUGGCACGGGUCUUGUUUGGAUCUUUAUGGGAAACACCGAGAACUUCCAGCAACCUUUCGAAGGAAGUAAGAAUGGCGAGAGCAUUGCCCUGGCAUUCUACAGUGGUCUCUUCGCUUAUGCUGCUUGGAAUUACUUGAACUAUUUGACGGAGGAAAUCAAAGAACCAACAAAAAAUCUCCCACGUGGAAUAAUGAUUUCUUUACCGAUGGUCACCGUAAUUUAUGUAUUGGCAAACGUCGCCUACUUCGCUGUUCUAUCUCCAGAGGAAUUGCGAGCAUCAAACGCUGUUGCAGUGACGUUUGGUCAGAAGGUGUUUGGUCGAAUGGCCUGGAUAAUGCCAGUCUCUGUUGCCAUGUCAACGUUUGGUGGUGUCAAUGGUGGCUUCCUGUCGUUGUCUCGGUUGUUUUUCGUUGGUGCUCGUGAAGGUCAACUUCCUGAAUGGUUAGCUAUGAUUCAAGUUAGCCGAAAAACUCCAAUGCCUUCACUUGUAUUCACGUGUCUUAUGUCUAUCCUGUAUGUAUUUGUGCCUACCAUCGAUUCACUAAUCAACUACUUCAGUUUUAUGACCUGGUUAUCAAUCGGAGCUGCUGUAGCGGGUCUUAUCUAUCUCCGGAUUACACAACCUAAUCUAGAAAGACCUAUAAAGUUCAAUAUCCUGCUCCCAAUCACAUUUGUGUUAGCAUGUAUCUUCUUGGUUGUCAUGGGAACAGUGGCAGCACCUAUGGACACCCUGAUUGGUAUUGCAAUCACCCUGACGGGUUUCCCAGUUUAUUUCCUCUGCAUUUGGUAUAAGAAGAAACCAGCCUUCAUCAUGAAGAUUAAUCAGAGUAUCACACAUCUUGUGCAGAAGUUGUUUGUAGUUGUCAGUGAGGAGAAAGAAGCAUGAGGUUUGGUUCCCCUGUAGUAACUUCAUCAUCAAAUCUUAGUUUACCAAUGAGUCUGUAGCACCCUUCAUUGGUUUCAUCCAACUCAUUUUAUCAUAAAGGAAGGGAAUUUGAAUGAUGACGUCAUUGGAAUACAUGCAGUUCGUGGUAAAGUUAAACUCAUUCCAUGCCAUUUUUCCAAUCACAUCGUGUGUUCACCAUUGUCUUUGCAAGGGCAAUCCGGGAAAGAUCAGGUAAAGUCUGUAACCACCAAAAGGCUUAUUCAUCCUGUGUUUUCCCAGUGGGAGGUGUUCACUGAUUCAAGAUUCAACAUAGUCGAAAGGCCCUAAUCAACGCAAAGUCUCAAAUCAUCCCGUGUCAAUCAUCAAUUCCGAACAGGACAUGUUCACUAAUUUCUUCACAAGGACAACUAGUGAGGGCAAUCCAGGAAAGAGUGGACAGGCCCUUACCAUUGUGAAGUGUCAAUUAUCCUGUGCCGAUCAUUGAUUCCCAGCAGGCAAUGUUCACCAAUUGUGGUUUUCCAAUUGCACCAUGAUCAGGGAACAUUGGCUUUCUUGCAAUGAUUUUCUCAUACCUAAUGAAGCCAGAUCCAACUUUACAAUUCAUGUUACCACAAAAGUUGUGCAUUGAUUUAUUGAUCAUUUCCAGUUAAAUUGUACCGAAUGAACAUUGUACUAAACACCCAUGAUUUCCUGUAAUUGUGUGAACAGUCGGGAUAGAGUUUCUUUGACAUUUAAACCUAGGAUUUGGAUCGCCAAACUCCUUGCUUUCGCAACAACAAGCUCAAAAUAUAUAAAAUGUCAUGUGUGGUUAUGCUGCAGUUUAUAUUUUUAUUAGAAAGCUGAACGACACAUGUAAAUAUUCUGGGACAAUAUUUACAUGUGUAGGAUCAUUAAUUAUGAUGAACUGAAUCUUCAAUAAUUAGCACA